AUGUCUGACAAGUCCAAUAUGGAUGAGAUAGAGAAAUUCAAUAAGUCGAAACUGAAGAAGACAGAAAUGCAAGAGAAAAAUCCACAGCCUUCCAAGGAAUGGAUUGAACAGGAGAAGCAAGCAGUUACACAAUCCUGGAACAUCACUGUCACUGUGUACCGCAUAAAUGGCACUCAUCAGAGGCCCAGCUGGCGACCUAAAGGAGCCCACAGUCUUUAG